AGCCUGCAGCAGCAGCAACCCAGCAGAGGCCAGGCCAGCCUGCUCUCCUUCCCGAAGCCACCAUCAGGCUAUCUCCUAUCUCCAAAUGACAGGUCUAUUUUGGAAAGGAGGCUGCGCCAAAAUAGGCACGUCAGCUAUGUGGCAUCAUGAGGCACCAGAGAAGAAAGAAAAAGUAAGUCUGCUCAACCGCCCACUGCAGGAGACGGGGGGAUGUUUCACUAUCUUGGAUUUACAACCAUUUUGAAAUAUAUUUGAGGUCAAAGAAGACUUUUUCUUGCCCCCCAUGUGGAGCCCCUGAACGCUGUUGGAGAGGGCCAUCAUCCGGAAAUCCUGACGGGCUAUUGAUUGUUUGGCCCACAUGAUUCAGCGCCUGAAUUUCCUGAGCGGUUAAGGACUCAAGGAACAAACGAUGGAACAAAACUUGUUUGGAGGUGCCCCCAGGUUUCUCACUCGCCCAAAGGCAUUUUCAGUGUGUGUGGGCAAGGAUGCCACACUCAGCUGCACAAUUGUGGGCAGCCCAACUCCACUGAUAACCUGGGAAAAAGACAAGCUGAAGCUGACGUCCGGAGGCCGCUUCAAGACUGUGGAAGAUGGAGACGCUUAUCGCCUGACCAUCUAUGACUUAACUCUGGAGGACAGUGGACAGUACAUGUGCAGAGCUAAGAACAGCGUCGGUGAAGCUUACGCCGCUGUAACCCUCAAAGUGGCGCUGCCGACAGAGAUGUCUCAGAAGGCCCCUGUUUUCAUGGUGAAGCCUGCCUCUGCACGUGUUGUUUUGGGCGGUGAUGUUGUUUUCCACUGCCGAGUUGCAGCUUACCCUGAGGCCAACUUUGAAUGGGAAAAGGAUGGGCGCUACCUGGGGGAGACCAACCGCAUCAAGAUCAUUUCUGAGAGCGAUGGCAGCACUUUAAAGAUCCAGUGCGUACGAAACCUGGACAGCGGCACUUACACCUGCAGGGCCCAGAACACUGUCGGCCGCGCACAAGCUGCGGCUGCCCUCGUUGUAGAUGCUCAGGAUUCCCACCGCCAAGCUGUAGAUAAGAGCAGCUCCCUUCUCUCUCACCUACAGAAGCGCAAAGAGGAGAUCUCCAUCUACCGCAAUGAAGAAAGCAGCGCCUCCAUUUCUUCCUCCUCCACGGCCAAAAUCACGGAUGCUUUCAGUUCUCUGGGCCUGGAACACGAUCUGCGAGCAUCUGCCCUGGCGAAGCUUCCCAAAGGUGUAUUCACUCGUACCUGCACCGUGACUGAGGGGAAACAUGCCAAACUCAGCUGCUUUGUGACCGGUCACCCCAAACCCCACACUAUCUGGAGGAAGGAUGGAACGAACAUCAGCGAGGGCCGCAGACAUGUCAUUUAUGAGGACCAAGCUGAGAACUUCAUCCUGAAAAUCCUGUACUGCAAGCAGACUGAUAAUGGCCUCUACACCUGCAAUGCAACCAAUAUGGCUGGGCAGACCUACAGCGCUGUGUUAGUAACAGUCAAAGAACCCAAGGUGCCAUUCAGGAGAAAGCUGCAGGAUGUGGAGGUGCAGGAAAAAACCUCAGCCACACUCAUGUGUGAGGUGCCUCUUAGUUCCACUUAUACCAACUGGUUCAUGGAGGAAACGCGACUGCAGCAAAAUGCUAAAUAUCGCAUGGAGCAGGACGGCACCCUCCGUCGCCUCACCAUACACAACGUUACCACCAACGACGAUGGAGUUUAUAUAUGCGAGAUGAAAGAGGGCAGUCGCACUGUGGCUGAGCUCACAGUCCUGGGUAACAUAACUAAGAAGCUUCCUCGGAGGACAGUAGUUCCUGUUAGCGACACUGUCAUCUUCUGCGUGGAGCUGGAACAUCCCUAUCCAGACGCCUACUGGACUCGCAAUGGCGAGAAGUUAAAAGAGGAUUCACGUAUUUCCAUCGGCUGCGUGCUUAGACAGUACACACUCACAAUUAGAGAUUGCCAGGCAGAGGACUCUGGAGAAGUGGCGUUUGUGGCUGGAGACUGCAAGACAUCCACCCGAUUCUCAGUUACUGCUGCCCGGAAGCAUCCUCCCGAUCCCCCAGUUGACGCUGUGGUGCAGAACAAAACAGAGUCCUCCAUCACCAUUCAGUGGUCUCCUCCUGACAGUGACCGCCCUGUCCCCAUCAAAGGCUACGUUGUAGAGCGAAGGAAGGUUGGUACCCAAAUGUGGCAGAGGUGCAAUGCUGAAGAAACCAUUGUCACAACAGAGUUUACAAUCUGCAGUUUCACUGAAGAAGCUAGCUACCAGUUCCGUAUCUCUGCCAUUAAUGACUUUGGGCAGAGUGCCUACCUGGAGGUACCUGGAACCUUCUACCUUGAACCCACUGCAGAAAUCAGAAAAGGUCUGAUUAACAGCACUGCAGUCUCCGGUGAGGAAUUCUCCAUCUCUGUCGAGCUGUCUGCUGUUUGCUCAGGCUUCUGGUCCCUAAACGGACGCCUUUUGCGCAGCGGAGCCGACUACCUCAUCACCAGGUCAAAAAACAUACACACAUUGCUCAUCCGAGUUGUGACCAUGGAAAUGAACGGAACUGAAGUCAAGUUUGUGGGUGGAGGCUCACAAAGCAGUUGCAUCCUCAAUGUGAAAGCCCCUUCUGUUAGGUUCACCAACAAAUCCGAUCAUCUAGAGGUGGUGACCUGCAGUGCCCAAGCCACUGCUCAGCUGACUGUUGAGGUGUCAGAUUACGACACACAGGUGGUUUGGACGAAGAACGGACGGGAGCUAAAAAUGGGCAAAAAGUAUGAAUAUGUGAUUAAUGACCGCAAGAGGAUCCUGAUGGUACACAACGUCACUGAGGAAGAUGUGGGCAUUUAUGAUUGUGUGUUACCUGAUGACAAGAUGUCCAUGCAACUCACUCUUAAAGAUGAACCUGCCAAAUUUCUAAACAAAGCCAGAGGUACCAUGGGAAUGUCAUCGACUCUCAAAGGAGAUCUUGAGCUGAGCUGUGAGGUUUCAUCUGCAAGUGCUGCUGUUGUGUGGAGAAAAGAUCAAAUGGAAAUCACUGAGGACCAAAGAACUACCAUCAUCUCCAAAGGGACUCAAAGGAAACUCAUUAUCAAGAGUGCCAAGAAGAUUGAUGAAGGACAUUAUUCGUGUGAGACAGCAGCUGACAAAAUCACAUUCCAGGUUAAGAUAAAAGAAACUCCAGCUGUAGCUGCCUUCUCCAACAAAGAGUCAGUCCAAAAGGAAGUGAAGGCCACUCUCUCCCAAAAAGCAACUCUUACUUGUAAUGUGUCAGAUAGCAAGACAGAGGUGAAAUGGUACAAAGAUGGCAAGCUGUUGAUAUCCAGUAGGACCAUAUACUCAGAAGCAAAAGGCAACACUCGCCAGCUGGUGAUUGAAAAGGUGGAGAAGAGUGAUGCUGGAGAGUAUACCUGUGAAGCUGGAGGGGACAAGCUAGUCUUCAAGAUAUUUGUCAUAGAUUCCCAGUCAGCUUUCAUCAACAAGGAGUCUAUUCAGAAGGAGGUUAAAGCCACGCUUUCCCAGAAAGCCACGUUGAGCUGUGAGGUGGUUGAUACCAAGACAGAGGUGAAGUGGUACAAGGAUGGCAAGCUGCUGACUUCCACCAAGACAAUCCAUACUGAGUCAAAGGCCAAGAAUCGCCAGCUGGUGAUCGACAGUGUGGAGAAGAAGGAUGCUGGAGAGUACAUCUGUGAAGCUGGGACUGAAAAGCUUGCCUUCAAACUACAGGUGGCAGACACACAGGUCCAGUCAGCUUUCUCUAAUAAGGAGUCAAUCCAAAAGGAGGUAAAAGCCACCCUGUCACAGAAAGCUGUUCUAAGCUGUGAGGUAUCUGAUAACAAGACAGAAGUGAAGUGGUACAAGGAUGGCAAGCUGCUGAGCUCCAGCAGGACAAUCCAUUCUGAGUCAAAGGGCAAGAAUCGUCAGCUGGUGAUUGACAGUGUGGAGAAAAAGGAUGCUGGAGAGUACAUCUGUGAGGCUGGGACUGAAAAGCUCACCUUCAAACUGCAGGUGGCAGAGGCCCAAUCAGUCUUCUAUAAUAAGGACUCUAUACAAAAGGAGGUGAAAGUCACUUUGUCCCAGAAGGCCACUUUGAGCUGUGAGGUUUCUGAUUCCAAGACAGAGGUGAAGUGGUACAAAGAUGGAAAGCUCCUGUCCUCCACCAAGACUAUCCACACAGAGUCUAAGGGCAAGAAUCGUCAGCUGGUGAUCGACAGUGUGGAGAAGAAGGAUGCUGGAGAGUACAUCUGUGAAGCUGGGACUGAAAAGCUUGCCUUCAAACUACAGGUGGCAGACACACAUGUCCAAUCAGCCUUCUUUAACAAGGAUUCAGUUAAGAAGGAAGUGAAAGCCACCAUCUCCCAGAAGGCUGUCCUGAGCUGUGAAGUAGCCGACGCCAAGACAGAAGUGAAAUGGUACAAGGAUAGCAAGCUGCUGACUUCCACCAAGACAAUCCAUACUGAAUCAAAGGCAAAGAAUCGCCAGCUGGUGAUUGACAAUGUGGAGAAGAAGGAUGCUGGAGAGUACAUCUGUGAAGCUGGGACUGAAAAGCUUGCCUUCAAACUACAGGUGGCAGACACACAGGUCCAGUCAGCUUUCUCUAAUAAGGAGUCAAUCCAAAAGGAGGUAAAAGCCACCCUGUCACAGAAAGCUGUUCUAAGCUGUGAGGUAUCUGAUAACAAGACAGAAGUGAAGUGGUACAAGGAUGGCAAGCUGCUGAGCUCCAGCAGGACAAUCCAUUCUGAGUCAAAGGGCAAGAAUCGCCAGCUGGUGAUUGACAGUGUGGAGAAGAAGGAUGCUGGAGAGUACAUCUGUGAGGCUGGGACUGAAAAGCUGGCCUUUAAGAUACAUGUGCAAGAGAUCCAAGUGAAGUCUGCCUUCUCCAGCAAAGAGUCUAUCCAAAAGGAGGUGAAAGCUACUCUCUCUCAGAAAGCCACUCUCACCUGUGAGGUAUCUGAUAUCAAUACAGAGGUAAAAUGGUACAGGGAUGGCAAGCUUCUGACCACCAGCAAGACAGUUCGUGUAGAGUCAAAAGGCAGGAGUCGGCAGCUGGUGAUCAACAGUGUGGAUAAGAAGGAUGCUGGGGAGUACAUCUGUGAGGCUGGGACUGAGAAGCUGCCCUUUAAGAUACAGGUGUUAGAAGCCCCAGCUGGCUUCUCUAACAUGGAGUCAGUCCAGAAGGAAGUGAAAACUUAUCUCUCACAGAGAGCCACGCUUAGUUGUGAGGUUUCAGAUUCCAAGACAGAGGUAAAGUGGUACAAGGAUGGCAAGCUGCUGACUUCCAGCAAAGGAGCCCACAUGGAGUCUAAGGGCAAAACACGUGAGCUGGUGAUAGAAAAAGUGGAGAAAAAGGAUGCUGGAGAAUAUACGUGUGAGGCUGGAACAGAGAAGCUGGUAUUUAAGUUGCGGCUAACAGAUUUAGCCAUAAAGUUCCAGAAGAAAUCUGUCAAGGACACAUGCGUGGUUCAAGCAAGUGAAAGCAUUGUUUUAUCCACUGAACUGACCGCAGAGGGCGGUAGUGUGAGAUGGUUUAGAGAUGGCAUGGAGCUCAAGGAGAGCAGCAAGUAUGAAAUGAAAAAAGAGGGCCUUUCUCGUACCCUGAUAGUGAAAUCUGCAGAAAUGAAAGACAGUGGAACGUACUCUUGUCAAACUGCGGAUGAUAAACUGGAGUUCAAAGUUCAAGUUAAAGAUUCAGCUUUGAAGUUUGUUCUCCCUUUGAAACCUGCCACAGUGGAACUGGGAGGUACACUAAGCCUGAUUUGCGAACUAAAUCAAGCUUCAGGGGAUGCUGUAUGGCACCAUAAUGGCCGUGAGAUUAAACCUGGAGGCAGGUUCUGUGUCAGAGCAGAUGGUGCUAGGCGAAUUCUCACUGUGACUGGCAUGACCAAGGAAGAUGAAGGAGAAUACAGCUGUGAAUGUAGAAAUGACAAGACAUCUGCUAAAGUCUCCUCUAAAGCACCAAGAUUAGUGAGGUUGGUCACCAAACUGAACAACGUGGUUGCAACGGAGCGAAAAGAUGCCGUUUUCAAGUGUGCCGUCAGCCCAGCAGACGUCAGCGUCAGAUGGUUCCACAACAGUAUCCCCAUCGUUUCUGGGCAGAAGUAUAAGCUUGAGCAAGGUGGUGGCAGCCACUCACUUACCAUCACCUCAGUCACUCAGAAAGAUGCAGGAGAGAUAAGUGUUGAUGCAGAAGGCAAAAGCUGCAAAGCUACUCUACAAGUGCAACAUGAACCUGUGACUUUCAAGAAAAAGCUAGAAAACCUGACAGUGGAGGAGCAAAGCGAAGUGAGGAUGGAAGUGGAGCUCAGUAAGGCAUCGGAUGAAGUCAGGUGGAUGAAGAACAGUGUAGUGCUGCAACCUGCAGGAAACAUGGAGAUUCGGGUAGAGGGAGCUAAGCAGGCUCUGGUCUUCAGGAGUGUGACUUAUGCUGACCGUGGCAUCUACUCUUGCGAAACUCUGGAUGAUAAGACCCAGGCCAAGCUCAGCGUGGAGAUGAAGAAGAUCCAGGUAAUAAAGGGUCUAACAGAAACCAAGGCACGUGAAACAGAGACAGUAACACUUGAGGUAGAACUCAGUCAGGUCAAUGUUGAAGGCUCCUGGAACAGAGACAGGGUCAAAUUAAAGUCAGGGCCAAACUGCCAUAUCACAGCUCUGGGAAAGAAGCACAUCCUGACGUUGUCCGGUCUCAAGCAGGAGGAUGCAGGAAUGAUUUCCUUCCAGGCAGAGGGAGUGCAUACUUCAGCUAAACUGAUCGUCACAGAAGCUCCUGCUAUGAUCUCCAAACCUAUUAUGGAUAUGAGUGUUCCUGAGAAGGAGAAGGUUACGUUUGAAUGUGAAGUGUCCAGAGCGAAUGCAGAUGUUAGAUGGUUCAAGGAUGAGGUGGAACUAAAACCGGGAAAGAACUUUGCUAUUCAUUCAUUGGGCCAAAAGCGCACUUUGGCCAUCAACAAAUGCUCCCCUGAAGAUGGAGGCACGUACAUCUGCCGUACUACUGAUGAUAACACUUCCGCCAAGCUCACUGUUCACGCCAGAGAUAUCAAGAUCAUCAAGAAGCUGGAAGAUCUGGAGGUAAUGGAGAAGGAGAGUGCUAAAUUUGUCUGUGAAAUCUCACACGAUGAAGUGGAGUGCCAGUGGUACAAAGGAAACACAAAACUCAAAGCCACUGACAACAUAAAGAUGAGGCAAGAGGGCAGAACUUAUGUGCUGCUUUUCAAGUCUGCUACCCCAGAAGAUAUGGGUGAAAUUAAGUUUACAGCUGAGAAAGCAUCUUCAACUGCUAAACUUAAAGUGAAAGAGCUGCCUGUGAAGUUUGUGAAGCGACUCAGGGAUAAGAUAGCGAUGUAUAAGCAUCGUGGUCAUCUUGAAUGCCAAGUGUCACGUGCCAGCGCAAAGGUGAAGUGGUACAAGAACAAGACGGAGAUCAAACCCAGCAAGAAGUACGAGAUCAAAAGCGAAGACCUGUACCGAAAGCUCACCGUUAAUGAUGUGGACUCUGGGGAUGAAGACACGUAUACCUGUGAUGCCACUGAUGACAAGACAUCCUGUAAACUGCUUGUGGAAGAGCAGUCCAUCAGCAUAGUGCGGGAACUUAGUCCAGUAGAAGUCACAGAACCCUUUGCAGCUGUUUUUGAAGUGGAAAUCAGUAUGGAACUGGUGAAACCUCCUGUAUGGACUUUGAAUGGAGUUGCUCUGCAGGAGGGGCCUGAUGUCGAAAUGGAGAAAGAAGGCACGAUGCACCGUCUCACUUUCAAAAAGACUAAAGCAUCAAUGACGGGAGCUGUACAGUUUACAGCUGGGAAGAGCAAAUCUUUAGCCCAGCUCACAGUUAAAGAGCGCCCACUUGAGAUUGCAGAAGCCGUUAAAGAUGUUAAGGCGAAGGAGAAAAGUUCAGCCAUACUCAGCUGCAAGUUCUCUGCUCCACCCAAAGAGGUUAACUGGUUCAAAGGUCGAGUGCCUCUGGCAGCUUCAGACAAGUACAACAUCAAGCAAGAUGGUACACGUGCCCAAAUUACCAUUCACAGGCUGACUGAGGAGGACAGUGGAGAGUACCGCUGUCAUUCUGGACCUGCUGAGACCAAAGGCACACUUACUGUUGAAGUGCGUGAAAUCAAAAUCACCAAGCACUUGGCCAAUACAGAAGUCGAUGAAGACAGCGAUGCGGUAUUCACCUGUGAGAUUAACUACGCUGAUGAAGAAGCUCAGUGGCUUCUGAAUGACAAGGUGCUCUUCACAAAUGAAGUUAACACCAUCGCUCAUGAGGGGAAGGUUCACAAGCUGACACUGAAGAACCUGGCACCUCAAGAUGGAGGAACAAUCACCUUUCAAGUCCGCAAGGUCAAAGAGUCUGUCACACUCAAGGUUAAAGAGAAGCGCGCUGUGUUCCUCAAGUCACUAGACGAUGUUAUUGGAGAAGAGAAAGGCAUGAUCACUCUGGCAUGUGAGGCAUCCAAGCCAAGAGUUUCCCCCACAUGGAGAAAAGAGGGUAAAGUCUUAAAAGCUGGGCCAAAAUAUGAGCUCCUUCACACAGGCAAGUCUUUGGGCCUGAUCAUCAAGGAUGCCACCAAAGAUGAUGCUGGGGAGUACAGCUGUGACCUUGGCACUGAGGUAUCCAAGGCAAAGGUUACGGUCAGAGAAAUUGGUAUUGGAAUAACUAAAUGGCUGAAAUCAGUUGAAGUGAAUGAGGGAGAUACAUGCAGCUUUGAGUGCAUCCUGUCUCGUGAGAGCACAGAUGAGUGCUCCUGGACUGUCAAUGGCCAAGCUGUUACAAACAGAGGCCGCUUUAACAUCUCCACCAAAGGACGCAAAUACAUGCUCACUAUUAAAGAUGUCUCCCCUGCUGAUGCUGGUGAGGUAGUGUUCAGUAUCAAAGACUUGAGCUCCAAAGCAACAUUGACAGUUGAAGGUAAAGCUUCAUCUGUAUCAAAAGGACUGCAGAAUAUUUGUGUCAUUCAAGGGGAAGAUGCUGUUUUUACUUGUGAGGUGACACAGGCUAGUUUUGCUGUAAAGUGGGCCAAGGAUGGUAAAGCCAUCAAAAAGAGCCAGAAAUAUGAGCUCAGCCAGCAAGAUAGAGUCAUGAAACUGACCAUCCAUAAUGUGUCUGCUCAAGACUCUGGAGAGUACAGCUGUGAAGUUAUUGGAGGUGCAACCACCAGAGCUAAGCUAGAAAUCAAGGAGCCAAUCCAUAAAUUCACUAAAACGCUAAAGGACAGUGAAGCAGACGAGAAGGGCUCCGUGACUCUGCAAUGCACGACGGAACAAAUCCCAUCCACGGUUGUAUGGCUUAAAGGUCACACAGAGCUCAAGGCUGGAGGGCGAUAUGAGAUGUCUCAGAAAGAUGGCGUCUUAACUCUCAUGAUCAAACAACUGGAGGAGAACGAUACUGAUAUCUACACUUGUGACGUAGGCACUGCCAAGAGCAUGGCCAAGGUGACCGUUAAAGCCCUGCCCGCUACUUUUAUUGAGAAGCUCAAAAACCAGGAGAAAAAAGAAGGGGAGAGUGUGACACUUCGCUGUGAGCUAUCAAAACCUGCAGCUGUCGUUCAGUGGAAAAAAGACUCUGAAAUUCUCAAACCAGGAGAGAAGUAUGACAUGAAGCAGGCAGAGGGCUCUUGUAUACUUCAGAUUCUGAAUUUGAAGAUAGAAGAUAGUGGAGCGUAUACAUGCAUAUGCAGGGACGAGAAGACAUUUGCAGCCUUGAAAGUCACUGCAUUGCCACCAAACUUCACGCAGAAGCUGGAGAGCCAGCAGGCCGAGGAGGGAGCUGACAUUAUUCUGCGCUGUGAGCUCUCUAAAGCUGGAGUCCCAGUAGAGUGGAAGAAAGGAACACAGGUCCUGAAGUCUGGAGAAAAGUACCAGAUGAAGCAGAAGGCCUCUGUGAAUGAACUCGUAAUCAAGAAGGUGGUGCCUGAAGACAGUGGAGACUACAGCUGUGUGUGUGGAGACCAGAAGACCACAGCCAGCCUUAGCAUAAAGGCCAAACCAGUCACCUUCAAACAGAAGCUGGAGAGCCUGGAGGCCGAGGAGGGAGGCAGUGUUACUUUGCGCUGUGAGCUCUCUAAGGUUGGAGUCCCAGUAGAGUGGAGGAAGGGCACGCAGGUCCUGAAGUCUGGGGAGAGGUACCAGAUGAAGCAGAAGGCCUCAAUGAAUGAACUUGUGAUAGAAAAAGUGGUGCCUGAAGACAGUGGAGACUACAGCUGUGUGUGUGGAGACCAGAAGACCACAGCAAGUCUCAAUAUCAAGGCCCAACCAGUGACCUUCAAACAGAAGCUGGAGAGCCAGCAGGCCGAGGAGGGAGCUGACAUUAUUCUGCACUGUGAGCUCUCUAAAGCUGGAGUCCCAGUAGAGUGGAAGAAAGGAACGCAGGUCCUGAAGUCUGGAGAAAAGUUCCAGAUGAAGCAGAAGUCCUCUGUGAAUGAACUCGUAAUCAAGAAGGUGAUGCCUGAAGACAGUGGAGACUACAGCUGUGUGUGUGGAGACCAGAAGACCACAGCUAGCCUGAGCAUAAAGGCCCAACCAGUCACCUUCAAACAGAAGCUGGAGAGUCAGCAGGCUGAGGAGGGAGCUGACAUUAGUCUGCGCUGUGAGCUCUCUAAAGCUGGAGUCCCAGUAGAGUGGAAGAAAGGAACACAUGUCCUGAAGUCUGGGGAGAGGUACCAGAUGAAGCAGAAGGCCUCUGUGAAUGAACUUGUAAUUAAGAAGGUGUUGGCUGAAGACAGUGGAGACUACAGCUGUGUGUGUGGAGACCAGAAGACCACAGCUAGCCUGAGCAUAAAGGCCCAACCAGUCACCUUCAAACUGAAGCUGGAGAGCCUGGAGGCCGAGGAGGGAGGCAGUGUUACUUUGCGCUGUGAGCUCUCUAAGGUUGGAGUCCCAGUAGAGUGGAGGAAGGGCACGCAGGUCCUGAAGUCUGGGGAGAGGUACCAGAUGAAGCAGAAGGCCUCAAUGAAUGAACUUGUGAUAGAAAAAGUGGUGCCUGAAGACAGUGGAGACUACAGCUGUGUGUGUGGAGACCAGAAGACCACAGCAAGUCUCAAUAUCAAGGCUGUGAAGCUGGCAGCUCCUCCUUCAGCUGCUACAGAAUCUAAGAGGCAGGAAACCAAAGAAAAAGCGGUGACAUUGACAACAACUGAACAAACUCCUAAACAGGAUUUUCAGGGACAUUCAAGAGAGCUUAAAGUGGGAAGUGAAGCUGAUAAGCCUUUUGCUGGAACCACUGACAAACCAGCUACCCAGCGACAUGGGACCAAAGAGCAGCUCGCGGCACAGACCUCAGCAGUGACCUUGACAGUUGAAGCUGAGAAGCAGGACACCCUAAAGACAAUUGAAGUUCUUCCAGUCAUAUUCAUUCGAGACCUGGAGAGCCAAGUAGCUGAAGAGGGAGGUAGUGUUACCCUGCACUGUGAGCUAUCAAAACCUGGAGUCCAUGUAGAGUGGAAGAAAGGAUCAGAAGUCCUGAGCUGUGGAGAAAAGUACCAGAUAAAACAAAAAGGAUUCUGUCAUGAGCUGCACAUUCUUGAUUUGAGGCCUGGAGAUACAGGAAGCUAUUCCUGCUCUUUAGAGGAUACAAUAAGCUCAGCAUCUCUGGUUGUAAAUGCUCUUCCAGUUAUUUUCACAAAAGAGCUGGAAAGCCAAACGGCUGAUGAGGGUGACAGUGUCACCCUGAACUGUGAACUAUCUAAAGCUGGUGUUCCUUUGGAGUGGAGGAAGGGAGAACUUGGUCUUUGUCCUUGUGCAAAGUAUGAAAUUAGACAAAAAGUACACCUGGCUACACUAAUAAUCCAUGAUGUUGACUCAGAGGAUUCUGGGAGUUACACAUGUGAUGCCGGUGAUCGUCGUAGCACUGCACAGCUAGCUGUGAAUGCCAAGCCUGUCCUUUUCAAAACCCAGCUACAGAACCUUGAAGGACAAGCAGGAGAGAGCGCCUGUCUUCGUUGUGAAAUCACAAAGCCGGGGGUCAGUGUGGUCUGGAGGUGUGGUGAUCGGGUGCUGGCAUCCAGCAGCAAGUAUCACCUGAAGCAGGAAGGGACUGUAGUUGAGCUUAUUAUCUACAAACUGCAAGGAACUGACUCAGGAGAGUACUCCUGUGAUACAGGCAGGCAGAAGACUUCAGCUGUCCUCACUGUGAAGGAGGUCGAGGUUAAAGUACUGAAAUUCUUGGAGAGCUGCGUUGUGUACGAGGGUGAAGAUGUCUGCUUUGAGUGUCUGGUUUCUCAUGAGGAGGCACCAAUGGCACUGUGGAAACUCCAGGAUGUCCCUCUGCAGAAUAAUGAAAUGAACCUGAUCAAGGCUGAGGGCCAGCUGCACAGCCUCACACUCAGAGGCGUCACUACAGCUGAUUCGGGGACAGUAACUUUCACUGUGGGAAACCACACUUCCACAGCUUCUCUGACAGUCAGAGCUGCACCUGUAGUAUUCAAGAAGGAGCUGAAAAGUCAAGAGGCCAAAGAAGGUGGCGAAGCCUCUCUGUCCUGUGAGGUAUCAAGCCCUGAUCACAAGGUGACCUGGUGGAAGGGCUCAACUCUUCUCACACAGGGAGAGAAAUACACCAUGGAGCAAAAAGCAACCACUCACAUUCUGAUCAUACACAAGCUGAUCAUGGAGGAUAGUGGGGAAUAUACCUGUGAUACUGGAGACCAGAAAAGCACUGCUACCCUGACUGUAAAAGAACAUGUGCGAAUCAUUCGAGAACUCUGCGACAUUACUGUGACCACUGGGAAAGACGCCGUCUUUGAGGUUGAGCUGUCACACUCUGGUGUCACCAAUGGGGAAUGGUGGCUUUCAGACAACCUGCUUCAAAAUAAUGAUCUGAAUCAAAUGAGCAUUAUAGGGAGAGUGCACCGCUUGGUCCUCAAGAUGGUAACCACGGAUGAAUCUGGAGAUGUUGCCUUCGUGGUGGGAGAAGAGAAGAGUGUGGCCUGUCUUCUGGUGGAGGAGAAACCCAAAGUGCUAAUAUUAGAGAAGCCACACAACACUGUUGCAUUAGAAGGUGAAACGGUCACUUUGGCCUGUACCAUCUCUGACCCCAGUGGUAAGGUUACAUGGAUCAAAAACAAUGUGGCCCUCCAAGCGGGUCUCAAGUAUGACCUGAAGAAGAAUGCAGCAUUUCAUCAGCUUCGUAUUCACAACCUGGUGGCUGAGGACGCCGGAACGUAUACCUGCGACACUGGGGAUGCACAGUGUGAUGUCACGCUGACUGUGGAAGGUGCCCCAGUCUUCUUCCAGACAGAGCUCAAGAACCAGGAUGCCAUAGAGGGUGAUGAUAUUACUCUGCACUGUGAGCUCUCUAAGCCGUGUGUUUGUGUUGAGUGGAGGAAAGGAGGAUUAGUCCUCCGGCCUGGUAAGAAGUAUGACAUGAGACAGUCAGGGUGUAUUCAAGAGCUCUGUAUAUGGAAUCUGGAGCCUGAUGACAGUGGCUACUACACCUGCGAUGCAGGAGACCAGCUCACUACAGCUUCUUUAGCAGUGCAAGCAAAAGAAGUCUUCAUUGUUUCUGGCCUUAAGUCCACCGAUGUUUUUGUUGGCGAAUGGGCAACUUUCUCCUGCCAGCUCUCUGGUAAAGCCCACGGCAAGGUGCAGUGGUGGCUGGAUGGCAGUUUGUUGGAGAACAGCCCCUUUAGUGAGAUAGGGCUGGCCCAGGGCCACAUCCACACACUCACCUUAAAGAACCUGGCCACAGAUGACUCUGGCACUGUCACCUUCAAAGCUGGCAGUUUAACAUCAACAGCCAAGCUCUUGGUCAAAGAUCCCACAGUUGAAGUGGUGAGCGAGAUGGAGGACCUUCGGGUGGUUGAAAACCAGCCGGCUGAGUUCAUCUGCCAGUACUCAAGACCAGUGAAGGCUCAGUGGAAGAAAGAUGGGCAGCCUUUGCAGCCUGAUGGCCGAAGGGUGGUAGUGGAGCAGGACUGGAAUGUGGCUCGCUUGUACAUUAGCCAUGUGUCUGCUGAGGACAGGGGCACAUACUCCUGUGAGGCAGAGGGGACCUGCGUGGUUGCUUCACUUCAUGUGGAAGCCAAACCCAUUACCAUUGUUCAGGGCCUGGAGAAUGUGGACACUUUUGAUGGAGGCGAAGCGCUCUUUGAGUGUGCCCUGUCUCGUCCUGAGAGCAAAAACUGCCAGUGGCUCCUUGAUGGCAAACCACUGAAAGAAUCCCCUAAUGCUGAGGUUGUAUCAUUCGAGAGCGGUCGUCGCCAUCUGCUCCUGCUGAAAGAGCUGCGCGUCAAAGACAGUUGCACGGUGACUUUCAGAGCUGGCGCAGCGUCCACAUCUGCCCAGCUCACUGUUAAAGGUUGGCAGUUGGCCAUUGUGAAGGGUUUGGAGGACAAAGUGGCUGCAGUGGGGGAGAAAGUCGAGUUCUGUGUUGAGCUCACGGAGGUGGUCCCUACGACAGAAGUGGUCUGGUAUGCUAAUGGAGUUGAGCUGAAGCCCAGUGACCUCUGGGCUAUGAGGGCCGAUGGUCGGUCUUACCGCCUUGUCCUGAGACAGGCGCCUCUUUUGCCCCAGCAGGAAAUUACAUUUGCUGCCAGAGAUGCUAUCUCUCUGGCCAAGCUCACCAUCAUCACUGUGCCUGAUCCUCCAGAGGAUCCGGAGGUCCUCAGUAAGACAAAAAAGUCUGUUACCCUCUCUUGGUUCACACCUUUGCAUGAUGGAGGAAGUCCCAUUCUGGGCUACAGAGUGGAGAUCCGAAUGGUAGACAGUGCCCUCUGGCUUCCAUGUCAUUCUGAGCCUGUGCGUAACACCGAAUUUGUGGUUGAAAAUCUCAGUCCAGGCAGUGCCUACAGGUUUAGAGUGGCAGCCAUCAACAGAGCAGGGAUAGGGGAGCCUGUUGAGCUGCCUCAGACUGUUCAGCUUGAAGCACCUCCUCUGCCACCGAUUACUCCAGAUGCAAAACAGGAAGUAACUGAGGCACUGGGACAACCCAGUCUUCCUCCUGAGGCUGCUGAAGAAGGUGAUCUCCAUGAACUUUGGGAAGCAUCAGCCAAGAAACGACGCAUGAGUCGGGAGCCAACUCUGGACUCCAUCUCUGAGCAACCAGAGGAGGAUGGCAAAAGGGGUCAGAGCAAAUUAGACCAGAAUCAGCUUCCACAAUCUGAGAAAGUGGAAGUCAAAUCAACAGAGAAGGAGCAGGCCAUUGUGUCAAAGAAGCAGACAGAAGCCAGCCUGUGCACCAGCUCUGAGGAUGAGUCUGUUUCUGGGCGUUCGACGCUUGUUUCCUACCUCAAAAAGAGCAGCAAGACUACUGAGACAGUGACAAAGGAAGCAGAUACUCUAGCCACUGAGAGGUUCUUCGCACAUUUCCAAAUGUCAGAGCAGAAAACUGUGCAGCAGACAGAAGUGAAAACAACUGUAGUUCAGCAAACCCAAGAAAAACACGUGUCUACAGAGGAAACUAGCAUCAUGGAGAUCGGUAAAGAGGAUGACCCUGAGCUCAGAGAAGCUGCUGUUAAGAUUCAAGCUGCCUUCAAGGGUUACAAGGCCCGCAAGGACAUGCGUCCUGUUUUUAAAGAUGUCUUCAAAGACCAGACUAAAGAACCUAAUGGCACCAUACAUCUGGAAUGUGUGACAGAAGGUAAACCUGAUAAAGUCCGCUGGCUGAAAGAUGGAGAACCACUGACGGAUGGCAAGCAUCAUCAUAUUGAUAUCUAUAAUGAUGGCACCUGCUCACUGGUCAUUACUGCAAUCACCACCAAGGACACUGGAGUUUACACAUGUGAAGCCACUAACAAGUUUGGGGUAGCUUCUCACAGUGGUAAGGUGACUGUGGGAACGGUAAGAGAAUCAUCAGGCCGACGGCCGCUUACUGUAGGUUACAGUGCUGACAGUGAGCCUGAGAGCUCCUCCGGAAGUGAGAUGGAUGAGUCGCUGAGACAGGCAAGCAGACGCCUCCGGCGCCUGUUGCGCACGCGUCUCCCACCAGAUGUUGAGGAAGAACCAUUUGUCAGUGCAGAUGAAGGAGACUUGCGAGCCCCAGACCCACAAUCUUACCGUGAAGAUGACAAUUAUAUCUACAUUCGUUUUGAUUCACGGACAGAAGCUGAAGUUGCCUCUACGAGAUUUCAGGAGAUGUUUACAGUCCAUGGGGUUCCUGUGGAGACCACAAUCUUACCUGCAGGGCCUCACAAAGUGGAGCUGCGAAUUAAAAAGAUGAGCUACAUACAAGAUGGUACACAGACGCCCACACAAGAUAGACAGCCUCCUGCUUUCAUGACUGGAGCUCCAGCUGCACCUGUCUUCUUAACCGAGCUACAAAGUCAGGAUGUUCCAGACGGUUAUCCAGUCAGCUUUGACUGUGUUGUGAUUGGCAAGCCACCUCCCACUGUUCGCUGGUAUAAGGAUGGCAAGCUGCUGGAGGAGAACGACCAUUACAUGAUCAAUGAAGACCAGGAGGGCUGUCACCAACUUAUCAUCACCACUGUGUUGCCUACUGAUAUGGGGGUCUAUCGCUGCACAGCUGAAAACAGCAGUGGCAUUGCAUCUACUAAAGCUGAACUCAGGGUUGACAUGUCUUGCAGCUCAGAUUAUGACACUGCUGCUGAUGCCACUGAGACGUCUUCUUACGUCAGUGCCAAAGGAUACAUGUCCAGGGAAACUGAGACCUUUGAGUCUGUAGCUGAAGAUGAUCAGCUACCGCAGGUUGUGGAGGAGCUUCAUGAUGUUCACGUCUGUCCAGGUUCACCUAUUGCAAAGAUGCAGCUUAAAGUAAAGGGUUUCCCGAAACCCAGAAUAUACUGGUUCAAAGAUGGCCACCCUCUACGACCUUCAGAAAGAAUUCAUUUGUUAGCAGAGAGAGACGUUCAUGGCGUGGAGAUCACGGAGGUGAAAAAAGAGGAUAUGGGGGAGUACUCCGUCUACAUCAGCAAUGCAGCUGGUUCUGCUUACUCCUCUGCCCGGAUGAUAGUAUUGAGUCCUGGGGAGAUUUUACCACAAGAGAAAAAGGACCCUAAAGAGCCCCUGGUGCCACCCCGCUUUAUUGAAAGGUUCAGCAAUAGGAAGGUGAAACAAGGAACAAGCAUCACUCUGUCUGUGAAAGUAGAAGGAUCUCCUACUCCCAUGGUCAACUGGCUAAAGGAGGAAUCUUUGGAGGAUGUCCUGUGGAUCAAGCCUGACACUAAAGGAUACAAAAUAGCAAGCUCUGGGCGCCACCACAGUCUCAUCUUGAUGGACGUGGGCACAGAGUACACUGGUGCCUACACCUGCAUUGCAACAAAUAAAGCUGGACAGUCCAUCUGCACUGCUCACUUGGAGGUGGAUGAGACUCCUCAGCCCAAGAAAGAGACAGCGGCUUCAGAGGUUCUUGGGAUUACAGUUAGUCCUCCACAGGAAGAUACUAGCAAAGGAAAAGAGGGCAAAAUGCCUUUCCUAGGUGAAGUAGGUUCAGAGGAAUUCCUCAUGAAACUCACCUCUCAGAUCACUGAAAUGGUAUCAGCCAAGAUCACCCAAGACAGUUUACAGAAUCAUGAAGUGCUCCAGUGGAUGAAAUCUUGGCCCAAAUCUGCCACUUCAUUACGCGUACCAGGUGGUGACAGUGAUGAUGAGACCAAGACACCUUCUCCAUCACCUCAUCACGGUCGCUCCCGUCCUCCCUCCCUCAUUGCUGACUCCUCCUCUGAGUCUGAUGAAGGAGACGCCAGGGGAGAGAUGUUUGAUAUCUAUGUAGCAACAGCUGAUUACAACCCCAUCGUGGCGAGCAAAGAUUCCAUCUCUCUAAAAGAGGGACAGUAUGUUGAGGUUUUGGACUCGGCUCACCCGCUCAAGUGGUUAGUUCGGACCAAACCCACCAAAACGACACCAUCCCGCCAAGGCUGGGUCUCACCGGCCUACCUGGACAAAAAACUCAAACUGUCUGCUGAUGCUGGCGAUCUUCCAGAAACAAGUGUGGAAGAGGUGUCUGAAGGAGAAUACAAGAGAAAAUUAUUCCAACUGAUCCAGGAACUGAUAAACGGAGAAUCAGAGUUUGUCAAGGAGGUGGAAUUCUUCACCUCCCAUCACCUGAAGCAUGCAGACAGUUCUGAUGCACCGCCUGACGUCACCAGCCAGAAAGAGGCUAUUUUCAGAAACAUUGAUGAUAUCAAAUCCUUCCAUAACAAGGCAUUCCUUCCGAAGUUGAAUGACUGCGACACUGAUGAUGACAUAGCCAUGUGUUUCCUGAAGAACAAGGAGGGCUUUGAGAAGUACCUUCAGUAUCUUGUAGGUCAGAGUCAGGCUGAAUCUGCCAUCAGUGACAAGACUGUGCACAGCUUCUUUAAGGAAUAUACUGACACAGCACAGGCUAAUUCAGACCCUGCAGAUCCACCAGUAAGAAGCAUAAAUGCCUAUCUCCAACAGCCACUGGAGAGGAUUCAGAAGUACAAGGCCUUCCUGAAGGAGCUCAUUCGAAACAAAGCAAGAAAUGGUCAGAACUGCUGCCUGCUGGAAGAAGCUUUUGCAAUGGUGUCUGCACUCCCUCAGCGUUCUGAGAAUACCCACCAUGUCUCCAUGAUUGAGAACUAUCCUGCUACCCUCGAAGUUCUUGGAGAACCAAUUAGACAGGGGCCUUUCCAAGUGUGGGAGGGUGCUCCUGGAAUUAGAACGUCCUCUAGAGGUCACCACCGUCACGUCUUCCUCUUUAAGAACUACUGCAUUAUCUGCAAGCCCAAGAGAGACAGCAACACUGAUACACAAGCAUAUAUUUUCAAGAACAUGAUGAAGCUGAAUAACAUUGAUGUGAAUGAGACAGUGGAGGGUGAUGACCGUGCCUUUGAGAUUUGGCAUGAGCGCGAGGAUUCUGUGAGGAAGUACACCUUACAAGCCCGAACUGUUACCAUCAAGAACUCGUGGCUGAGAGACCUCAGAGAACUGCAGCAGCGAUACAGCAUGCCUGCAUGGAGUUCCCCUGAUUUUGAUGAAAUUCUGGCAAACUGCACAGCAGAGCUGGGCCAGACUGUUAAGCUGGCCUGCAAAGUUACUGGAGUACCCAAACCUGCGGUUACCUGGUACAAGGAUGGACGCGCAGUGGGGGCAGAUCCUCAUCACAUCAUCAUCGAGGACCCUGAUGGUUCCUGCACACUAAUCCUGGACAAUAUGACUGCAGAUGAUUCUGGUCAGUACAUGUGCUUUGCCACAAGUCCAGCUGGCAAUGCCAGUACUCUGGGAAAGAUCACAGUUCAGGUACCUCCUCGUUUUGUAAAUAAAAUAAGGAAUGCCAUCUUUGUUGCCGGUGAGGACGCUCAGUUCACCUGUGUAAUACAAAGCGCCCCCAAGCCCAAAGUGAGGUGGUUCAAGGAUGGCAGGCUGCUGACUGACCAGCAGAAAUAUCAGACCUACAGUGAGCUCCGGAGUGGCGUUCUGGUUCUGGUAAUCAAAAACCUGACAGAGAGAGACCUUGGACACUAUGAGUGCGAGUUGUCGAACCGUCUGGGCAGUGCAAAGUGUGCUGCUGACUUGGUCCUCCCCUCCGCUGUGGCUCGCUCUGGUGAGCAGGCCAUCACCAUUGAAGUUACCGAGCAGGAGACGAAAAUACCAAAGAAAACCAUCAUCAUUGAGGAGACUAUAACCACCGUGGUGAAGAAUCCUCGAAUGAGAAGACACAGAUCACCUGGCUUGACUCUUGCUGGUGUCCACCGCUCUGAGACGUCCACCCCCGAGCUUCCUACAGCCAGGACAAGGAGGAUGCCCACUCCAAGAAAGACCACUAUCCCAACUCUCUAUGUUACUGAUCCCCAGGGGGCGGAAGCCAGGGGAACAGAGAGCAAGCCCAGGUGGGUUGAAGUAGAAGAGGUCAUCGAGUAUAAGGUCAAUAAGUCUCCCAGGUUGUCCAGGAGGAGAGGUAUUUCGCCAGCAGGGUCUGAUCGUGCAGGUACACCCUUGAGACCCAAAAGGUCUCCAGUGGAAAACCCAAAUGCUAACAAUUCCAACAACAAGCUUGUGGAGCAAGCACAGGCCCACCUGCAGGGAGACAUCAGCAGCCAGCCGCUCUCCUGGGAGGAAGAGGUGACUGAUGCUGCAUCUGGGUCUGCUUCUGGGGAGCCGCACGAGCUCUCUUCUGUUCUCGCUACAGCUGGAGAAGAUCACGACGACCUGGAUGAUGAACAAACUGUAAUUUUUGAACCCGAUGACGAGGAGGAUACAUCUGCAAGAAAGCAAGAGCCUGUGUUCCUAAAACAAGGAGAUCGUGUUUUAACCCUUGAGGACUUGGAGGAUUACGUCCCAGAGGAAGGAGAGACUUAUGGCUCCUCCCACACGCAACACGUUAACGAAAAGCCUUGUGAGAUCUCUGUGCUUCAGAGAGAGAUUGGCGGUUCUACAGUGGGACAGCCGGUGCUUCUCAACGUGGGCCGGCCUGAUGUGGUGCCCCGGCAAAGGACUGGCUUCUUUAGUCGGUUCAGGGAGAAUCUCUCCAGCAGCCUUUUCUCAUCUGCUGUCCCACCGCAGGCCAGGGAGACUCGGUCCAGGGCGGAGAGGAACGUGCCUAUUCAAGUGAGCCAUGCAAAGCUGGAAGUGAAGCCUUCGUACUGCUCAGAGGUGCAGAGAGUUGAGGGCAGGCAGCAGAGUUUUAAAACCAAAGUGUCAACUCAGACCUAUGGUUACACAUCAGUUGGCAAUCCUGUCACUCUUCAAAUUAGAGAUGACCUUUAUCAGAACCAGUGAAAAGCAAACAUUUAAUUUGGCAUCACAAACCCUCUUAGUCUUAAAUAGGAACAUUCACUAAACAUGAAAAUACAGAUCGUAACCUGAGCAACAUUUACUGCAUUUGACAAACCAUUCCAUUUUUAGCCUGCCAAUCAGAUAAUAGUGUCAUCCUUAGAUAUUUUCUUGACAGACUGUUAGACUCUACUGUCUCUUACAGAUGAGAUGGAAACUAUAGGGAUAUACAUGUUGUGUGAUGUACAAUAUGCAUGAUGGGCGGAAGCUAAGAAAGGUCUGACAUUUACUGAUUAAAACCUUCAUAUCUAAUGGUGAGUUGAAGUCUUUAAAUAAAAUAAAUGUUUUUUGGUUAUACAUACAGUGAUUGACAAAUUUAUGAGACUGCCACCCCCAGUGUAAGGUUUAUGUCACAGCUCCCUAAAUUAACAGUACUGGUGAUUACCAACAUCAGUUUUAUGUUUCUGUGAUGGUUAAUCCACUGGUAUACCAUAUUACAGUUAUUUACUUGCAUGAUUGUUAUAAUUAAUUUGUGACUGCAGAGAAAUCUAGUGUCUAUUUUUUAUUGGUCUUUAUUGGGUAUAAAAUGCAUUUUUGAGAGAUAACAAAUUACAAUGAUGUUUCACAGUGUACCUACACUGAAUGAUCAGCUUUACUCCCCAGUAUUAACUGAUCCAAAUGUAAUCCUUAGUCCAUUGCAACAUACAUGAAUAGGAUUUAUAUUUUUUCAGGUUUUACUUUGGUACCAUUCAGGUCAUGCUAUGGCACUUUGGAUUCCUGGAGCUGGAAAUAUUGGGAGGUAAUGAGAUGCAUGUUUCAAGUAAGCAACACUGAAUAUAAAAGUAGUGUAAACUUGGGGACUGUUGUGUUUCAGGAGCUGUUAGUUAAUCAAAUUGGAGAAUCACAAGACUCUACUACAUUAUUUUGUGGUGUUGUGAAUGAUUCCUUAGUGAGCAGUUUAUAAACACGACAUUUGCGCGAGCAAAUCAUUUGGUAGGUGAACAGAUGCCCGUUUCCAAGUUCCUACCAUCAACUGAAUUUUUUACUCAACUUUUUUGGCAUUUGUGUCUGCUAGUGCGGUGAAACAGCCUGUAAACCCAGGCAGUUACAGGGAUAUUCCUAUGCAAGUGACAAAUUCGUAGAUGAGUGACUGCAUGCAUUUGCUUCUCCAAGACAGAUGUGUUUCUCUAGAAUAACCAGUUGUCAUCCUAUAUUUGAUUGAGCGCAGAUGUUUAUGCAAAGUACUUCAGCUGACAAAAUUUACUAACUUUUUAGUGCAAUUUAAAAGUAACUAGAGUAACUUCCUAAUUAAACAUGUGUGGUGUUUGUGUUGAUCAAAAGGUGUCUGUUAAAAGGAUGAUUUUAUGUAAUAAUUUUAAAUCACAAACUGAUUGUACUUGCUUGUACUGUACAUGUGUAGUUUUGGACAAAACAUGGUUGAGUACAACGUGUUCAAUUGAAUAAAAGUACUGCAAAUAUGCCACAUAAUUAGCUUCUGUAGUAAUUUCUUUAUAUAGCACAAACUCUGCAUAUGGUAACAUUUACUGAUGUUUCAACAUAAAAGUCAUAGUGCUGAGUACAUGUUUACAACAAGCACAUUCCUAUAACAGCUAGUUUGCUUUUAAAGAGGCCUUCGUGUAUUUGUUCAGCAUGAUGUAACAUUUGUGAGACUUGAAUUUAAAUAGUAGCAUCAGGAACAUAAAGUACUCUGAGCAAAGGAAUGAAUGUUACAAGAUACAGGAAUAUAACGAUUUAGGCAUAAUUGGCUAUCCAAUCUAAAAUGGACAUUUUUAAAAUAUUUACUGUUUUCUCAAUUCUAAGCAAUAAAAAAAGCAACAAAUUUGCUGUCAUUUUACUGUACAGCUAAAGCUGAAACUUACACAAUAUAAAGUUUUCACAAAUGUACAACAUUAAAUAAACAUGUGUUAUAAAAGAAUACAAUGUAGUUGUACUGUUUCUAACUCUGUGAUGGGAUUCAAUUCUACAUGAGCACAGCAGUAUUUAGUUUUCCAGCAAACAAAGUGUAAGGAACCAGGACAUUACCUGGCAAGUUAUAUAACAUAAUAAAAAAAUAAAGCGUUUACUAACUCUGGAAUAAUGUUACUGUUUCAAAGGUAUAUCCCCUAAAAGUAAAGAGUCACCACAUGUUCCUGAUAGGCUUGGCCAAAAUAGAGUCUUUCUUACCUUCCUCACAUUUCACCAAGUCUACGAUUACAUUUGUGUAAAUAAACUAAAAGCUGAUGAUGACAGAUGACACUUCAGGUAGGAGGGUGAGAGAUUAGCUGGCUGAAUGCUUAAUCUCUCUCACCCUCGCUAGCUGGCACCAAAAAUAUUAGUUUAUGAAACUCAUGAACAUUAUCAGAACACAACACUGAUUCACGAUUAGGUUAAGCGGCUAUCUGCCAAAUUAAAAAUAAAAUAAAAUCAGCUUUCCUGAUUAUUUUGAUCUUGACAAUGAACAGUUGUGUCAGAAUAAAUGGCUUAACUACACAGCCAGAGCGUAGCAACACUACUCAGUACAGGUAGGUGGUGCUCACUUUGAACUAUGACAAACUGUUUAUCUUUAGGGAGAUGAGACUAAACUCGAAAUCCACCCCAACAUUUGCAACUGCCAUGUUUCACAGCUCACUCAGCUCAGCUGUUAAUCAGAAGUAAUUGCCCUCUGACGAGUGCUGUGCACUACAAUAUGACCUAAAUACAUCACAUAAGCAUAACACAAAGGAGUGUGUAUUUUUAACAGUACAGAAAAUACUCUGUCUAAAAAAAAAAAAGAAGCCUGGUACCACACGAUACUAAGAUACUGCCCAAACCUACUUACCAAAUUUUAAAGGGGGCCCGAGUGCUGGUUUUAAUCUCUAACUCUGACCAUCACUUGUGUAUUUCACUGCAUCUAAGACAUUAAACAUCAACACAGUGUAGCUGGUUGCAAAAGACUGAAAGAAACCCCACCCCCCUUAAAAAAAACAAAAAACCCUAAUCCUU